AUGACAGCUGUGGCAAGAUUAAUAUGCAACAGCAUUGAUAAUGUAAAAAUACAUCCAGAAGACUUGCUUCCAAGUGGUGUAAUUAAUAUCAAAUUUUUGCAGCAAUACAAUUAUCCACUAUACAAAAAAAUUAAGAAAGAGAAAUGUCUUGAUAAAUUAAAAUUGCAUGAUCUUGAAAAUUACAAGGUUAAAUUAUCAAAUGAAGAAAAAAAUUUUAUCAAUCAUCAUAUCAAACAUGGUUAUAGUGGUUAUA